AUGGGGACAUGGCAACCCCUGGGGCUGUGCGUGACCAUUGUGGCAUUUGGCGACUGUGGUGCUGCUGUGGGCAAGGUGUUUCCCAGCCCAGGAAAUCACAGCGAGGAUGAGUAUGGCAGGGAGGAAGUUCACAUCCAGACCUCCCGGGCUCUCAUGGUGAUUUCUCUCCUCCUGGGAUUUUUUGGCAUCAUUGUGAGCGUGGUGGGCAUGAAAUGCACCAAAGUUGGUGAAGAGGAUCCCGUUACCAAGAGCCGCAUCGCUGUUGCCGGUGGUGUCCUCUUCGUCCUCUCUGGUCUGUGCACGUUGGCUGCCGUGUCCUUGUAUGCAACACAGGUGACCCAGGAGUUCUUCAGCAAGAGCACUGUCCCCAUCAACGCCAGGUGAGAGCCCGGCUCGGGGAUGUUCUUUAUCUGA